AAUUAGGGUAACCGAACUUCCUAACCCUAAACGCUACGUUUUUAACAUUUUUUCCUGUUUUCUCUUUCAAAUCGGUGCUUCCACCGGCGGCGCGUGAGCAUUUCCAACGGCGCGUGAGGGAUUUGUUCCCGCGUGGCUUAUUGUACAGCACUGACUAAUGCUUUGUUCGACUCGCAUUGGAAAGUUCGCGCCGGAGAGACGGUGGAUUCUCACCGUACGGCCGUGAUUUCGCACCUCCAUGGCUUCCGCCGUCCUAGCUAACCGGAACGAACCUAAUUGGCCGAAGCAUAGAGUCGGUGGUGCAGGAUUCAUGGGAAAAGUACCUUUCUCUAACCCUAACCCUAAAUCUAAAUCUAAUCCUAAAUUAGCGAAUAGCAAGAGGACUCUAUCGGCAUCGGACGAUGCUUCCUCUAUCAAUAGGCGAUCGAACGACUUCGUAACAUUCUCCCAGUACGUCUCCUUCAACAUCGCAUCGUACACGAAUAAGGAGAUCAACGACCUGAAAGAUCGGCUUACUUCGGAGCUCGAACGGACUCAGAGGAUCAGAAAUCGAAUCGAGUCCGGUGAUUUGCAACCUGGACAGAGCUUUAACGGCCAUCCGAAGAAACCGUCGAACAAAAAGGUUUCCGGCAACAAGCGACCCUUGCCGUCGAAUUCCGCGACGGAUUUAAAACGAUCGCAUUCGGAGGUUGGGAGCUUGAUGAAGGGUUGCUCGCAGGUUUUGCAGAAGCUUAUGAAACACAAACAUGGGUGGAUCUUCAACGCUCCCGUUGAUGUUGUUGGGUUGCAACUUACCGAUUACUACGAUGUAAUUAAGCAACCCAUGGAUCUGGGAACGGUGAAGUCCAAUCUUUCCAUGAACAAGUACACGACGCCCUCCGAUUUCGCCUCUGAUGUGAGAUUAACUUUCAACAAUGCACUGGCUUACAACCCUAAGGGUCACGAUGUGUACACCGUGGCAGAGCUGCUUCUGACGAGGUUUGAGGAGCUGUAUCGGCCGUUGCAUGAGAAAUUCGAAGGUAGCGUAGGUCAUGAUCGCGAAUCUGAGGAGGAAUUGCAAGCCAGUUCGUGGAGCCACGUUGAGCCAGAGAGGGUGAAGAAAAAGGAGAAUCCGACCCCACCUCCUCCUCCUCCUCCGGAGAAAUUGCAACAAGAGCCUCCUCAGCCCCCUGCAAGUUCCUCUAACCCUCCAUUGCUGCAGUCUCCGGUGCGCACGCCAUCCCCAAUGCGAGCUCCUCCUGUGAAGCCUUUGAAGCAACCAAAGCCGAAGGCCAAGGACCCUAACAAGAGGGACAUGAGUCUUGAAGAGAAACACAAGUUGGGGUUAGGGUUGCAGAGUUUGCCGCCUGAGAAAAUGGAACAGGUGGUGCAGAUUAUUAGGAGGAGAAACGGGCAUUUGAAGCAGGAUGGGGAUGAGAUCGAGUUAGACAUUGAGGCUGUUGACACAGAAACACUUUGGGAACUUGAUCGGUUGGUGACCAAUUAUAAGAAGAUGGUUAGCAAGAUCAAGAGGCAGGCAUUGAUGGGCAACAUCUACAACGACAAUGUGCAGGCUAACAAAGGCAAUGAGGAAUUGCCUGCUAGGGAGAAGGUUGAAAGGGCAGCAGUUGAGGCGAAGAAGCCAAAGAAAGUAGAAGCAGGGGAUGAGGAUGUUGACAUUGGCGACGAGAUUCCAACGAGUAUGUUUCCCCCUGUGGAGAUUGAGAAAGAUAAAGAUGUUGCUGGAGGCCAUGCAAGUAGUAGUUCUUGUAGCUCUGGUAGUUCAAGCAGUGAUUCCUCAUCGUCUAGUGAUUCGGAUUCGGGGAGUUCCUCAGGGAGUGAUUCUGAAGCAGACAACGGGCAAUCAUAACAGUCAGGGGGUUUGUGACUAAUGAUCAAACAUGAUCAUGUUGGUAGGCGGAUGAAGAAAAUGUUUGCUUCAUUGGCUUCCUUUGAGGGCGCUGCUUGAAUACAUGGACGAGGGAUUGUGAUUGUUGGUGGUUGUGUUGUGGGUUGGGGUUGGGAGUAGCUGUUUGCAUUGUGGCGCUGGGAACCAUGCUCGAGGAAUGGUGGUGUGAUAUAUUUGUACAAAUGAUUUCGGAAACCAAAUUAAUCAUCAAAACAAUUUGGCGGCCAGAAAGGAGAGUGAAAUGUGAUGAAAUCCUAGGAUAGACUCGUUAAAGAUUUGGGAAUAGAAUGCAGGGAAUUAGUGUUUUUUGAGUUGUACCAUGUACACAUUAACAACAGUAUAUAGAUGAAACUUUUUCCUUCAAGUCCCUUUUUGUGUAUCUGUGCGUUGAUGUUUUUUGUGAUCGUUAAUUAGUUAAAAGAUCACCUCAUUUCAUUUUUGAUGUACCGAGGAGAUGCUUGAACACCAAGGAAACUAGGGGUGGAGAAGGCCACAAAGAAGAAUCAUUCUAUUUAAAGUCAGCCUAUCAGUCAGGUUAGUUGAUGCCUGGUCCUCAAAGGUUCAAAACAUUCCUUUGGGGGUAGCUGAUGGGUGUCUCCUUACAAAUUCUCAGCGUUUAAAGGGAGGCAUAGCUGAGGUGUAUACCCGUCGAAGGUUUAUGAAGAGCUUGAGAUGUAUUGCCUCAGGACUGUGAUAAGGUUGCGGAGUUUUGAUACUCUGCUCAAAGAUAAUCAAACUCAGUAGUUUUUCAGAGUUGGCCUGGAUUUACGAUUUAGAUGUAAUAGGAGAACAUGGGAUCCAUCGCUCUCCAAUUGGCUAUUUUAUUUUUUGUAGCCACUUGGUUUCUGUAACCUCACUUGUUGAGCAUCACCUAUAGAGCAUUAUGAAACAUAAAGCGGAUGGGUCGGUCAUAUCAUGACUCAAGGUUUAGCUGCUUAUUGUUCGUGACGAAGGUGUUGCUGAUAUGUCUUUCAUUGUGAUAUUGGUAUUUGUUCAACUGUUAAAGCUUUAGCUGUUGGGGCCUGUAGCAUGGUGUAAAGCUCUUUUAUUAUUUAAAUGUUACCGACGUCUUGGUUGAAAUGGAUUCUGAAGUUGCUUUGAACUUGGCCUGGUGGGGAUGUAAAUUUUUCUCACCAUUGCUUUUCUCUUGUCUGGAGCAUCAGGGAGCUAGUUGGCACAUCAUUUUCUUGCUAAGUAUGGUCAUUCUGUAGACUUUGAUGUUCAGGUUUUUUCCUGUCCCCUUGCCCCCUUUGCUCCCAUCCCUCGGGGAAGAAUCUUAGCGAAUUCCCUUCCCUGCUAUGAAUGUGUAAUCUGUUUUGUUGGGCUUUGCCGUUUAUUUCAUUUAUAAAAAAACAAAAGAAAACCAGUUUCCACA